GCACUGGUAACCCGUGGCAGUUGUGACGUAGCUAGUGCACGUGUUCAAGUGCCCUGUUUAGUGUAGUAUUUAAAAUUUUUUGUGUAGAAAAAUCCUGUGAUCGUGUACAUAGUAUGUGCCACACAACAAGAUGACCAACAAAAAAAGGGGUAUUCCUGAAAGAUGGGAAAAAUACCUGCCAAUGGGACGUCCUAUCGACGGUACGCGUUUCCUACCUUUCAAGGCACCAUUAAAGCCGGAACUCUGCAAAAGUCAACCAGAAAGUGAAUGGUUCACCCCCAACACUCUUCUCGAAAAUACGCCAAUGUUGAGAGCCGUCAUCGACUUGACAAACACAAACCGUUACUAUAACUCUGAGGAAUUCACCAACAAGGGCGUUUUGUACAAAAAAAUCAACAUCUUCGGAGGCGGCAGAGUUCCCCCUAGGAAAGUUCGCGAUGAGUUUUUCGAAGCCGUGGACCAACUGCGUAGAACGCUGGACCACGACUCAGAUGCACUCAUCGGAGUUCAUUGUACCCACGGGUUGAACCGAACGGGCUAUUUAAUCUGUAAAUACAUGGUGUUACGGAUGAAAAUUGAUCCCCAGGAGGCGAUAAAGAAAUUUCAAGAAGCAAGAGGGUAUCCGAUAGAAAGGGAAAACUAUGUGUCCGACAUUAUGUCAGAAAUUCCAAGUACAAGCUGGCGGACGGAACCUCGAGUUCCACAUUAUUUUUCAAGAUCGGAUCGCUUUCGGACCAGAAACAAGCAUUUAUCACACUUACGUUUCGGUGAAUAUGGACAGUACAGUAGACAUUCAAGACGGACAGUUUACAAACAUUAAUAACAAAAUUCACGUCGGUACUGCCUUAUAGCGAUUUAAAGUUUUUUUUUUUACGUUUAAUUGUAGAGAAACGGCGUUUUAUAUCUACUUACAUGUUUAUUUCUUGUCGGUUUAUUUAUUCAGUUGACGUUUUUCAUUCUCUUUUGUUGUUUAUUAUUUAAUAAAUUGUAUUGUGUGGAGUCACUUUUUAUUGUUGUUUAGAUAGUGUAAAUAAAGGUGCAUUCAAAAAAUUUUUAA